GGAAAGCACAGCCUGAACGUGCUGCCCCCUUAGUAAACAUCAAAACAUCCAGGCCAAUGGAGUUGGUUUGUAUGGACUACUUGUCAAUAGAGCCAGAUAGUCGCAACAUCAAAGAUGUUUUAGUAAUCACAGACCACUUUACCCGCUAUGCUGUUGCUAUUCCAACAAGAGACCAAAAAGCGCGAACAGUAGCAAAAAGUCUCUGGGAGCAUUUCCUGGUGCACUAUGGAUUCCCGGAACGGCUUCAUAGUGAUCAGGGCAGGGACUUUGAAUCUCAUGUCAUACAUGAACUCUGUGCUGUAGCAGGUAUCAGGAAAGUGCGAACAAGUCCUUACCAUCCGAGAGGUAAUCCUGUUGAGCGUUUUAACCGCACACUGCUGGAUAUGUUGGGUACGCUGAAAGACAAAGACAAAAGUCACUGGUGUGAUUUUGUGAAGCCACUCGCUCAUGCGUACAACUGUACCAGAAAUGAAGCAACUGGUUUCAGUCCGUAUGAGUUGAUGUUUGGUCGACAUCCAAGAUUACCAGUGGACAUUGCCUUUAACUUGCCAGUCAGGGAGGCCAAAUCUCAGUCACACUCCCAGUAUGCCCAGAGCCUCAAGUCUCGUUUACAGGAGAGCUUCAAAACUGCUACUGCAAAUGCUCAGAAGUUGGCUGAUCGGAAUAAGCAACGAUUUGACAGGCGUGUGCGAGAAUCCAAGCUUGAAGUGGGAGAUCAAGUUCUGGUUAGAAACCUCCGCCUGCGAAAUAAGCAUAAAUUAGCUGAUAAGUGGGAGUCUGUUGCCUAUCGUGUCCUGGAGAAGAUGGGAAACUUACCUGUCUACAAGGUCCAGUCAGUAAAUGGAGACAGUCCAACUCGAACCCUACAUCGCGACCUCUUGUUGCCUUGCGGGUACUUGUUUGAGGAGAAUGAUGAACCAGCGGAACCGAAGCCUAUUCGUCGUCCUCGAACCAGAGCAAAUCCUUCUCGAGACCCCGACGAGGGACUUGAUGAAGAUUCUGACGAUGAUGACGACGAAUCCUUCGGCCCCCCAUCAUUCACUGAGAAGAGGUUCACAAGGACCUAUGACAUCACAAGAGUUGCACCUGCUGCUCAACCUGUUGACAGUCAGUCAUCCCCUGUGAAGCUGCAAGAGCCCUGCCCAAUGACUGAACCUCCGGCAGAAGAGACCACUGAUGUGCCCUGGGAGAAUUCAUCAGAAGGACGGAACAGUGCUCUGAUGCCGGCAGAAGAUGUGCCUGAAGUCGAUCCAUUGGUAGAGGGUAAUGCAGAAGAGCAAAGCACAACAGACCCCAGUGGUGAAAGGCAUGAAGUUGCUGAAAUGUUGGCAGAAGAAAAUGAUAAACACACUGAAAACCAUACUGAAACCUCAGAAACUGACAGACAAGCAGCUGAAGAAAGCAUGCGUAGGUCUGAACGGGUGCGACGACCCCCAGGUCGUUUCCAUUAUCCCAAACUUGGAAAACCUUUGAUUUCCUUUGCACAAACUAUUUUAGAAAGCUUUAACAGUGUUCUUAAUUCAAUCAAUGAUAGUGAUAAUUCGCCAGUGAUAAUCCAUAUCUAGUUAGCUGGCGCAUGCAGGGACGCAUGCUCAUUCAGGAGGGGAGUGUGUAGCCCAGCUAAAAAAAUCAGUCAUGCGCAUUGCGCAUGCGCAGGAAAUUCUCUUGUUUCCGAGAACCGUUGAAGUUCAGCUGAAGUGCAAGCAGCGUGAACUUGAUAACUUGAUAACUUUGAAGGAUAACGAUAUAUAUUUUCCUUUCCUUUCCUUUUUCGUCUCACCCUGUCAUUUCACAAGCAGAGAGUGGAUUGAAUUCAUUUUUUAAUUAAGAAAAGAGCUUCGAUUGGUUUUAAGUUUGGAUUUAAGAAGACUCAGAAAAGAUGGCGAGCUUCCCACGGAGAUCUUUGCACCCCGCGCAUGGAGCAUCAAACCUGUGGUAGCCUGGCCAGCUACCAUAAGGUUUCUUCGACGACAGUUGAACAAGCACUUUGCAUCUUUGCGCGUGGACAGAUAAGUGCAAUCCUUUUCACACUGAGAAGGGAAUCCUUUGCAUACACGAACACAGGACUGUUGAUUGACUGAUUUUCCAUAUUGUUUUUCAUAUUGAUUUCCUGCAUUGUUUUUUCCUGUUGAACAUACUGAAUUGGUACACUGUUUUUUAAGUGUAUAUUUGAUUACUGAAGUGUUUCAUAUAGGGUGCAUUUUCUUUUGCUACUUUAAUUCGUAUUGAAUGUACAUUUUGGUGCAUAUUUACAUGUUUUUGUUAUUUUCUUUUAUUUAAUUAUACAUUUACACACACUUAUUCAUACACUGACUGCAACAUAUUCAAAUUUCUACAUUAACAUUCCAAGGAAACUGUACAAAAUAAAGUGUUUACUAUUUGCAA